AGGAAAAACAGUGAGCUAAGCGUCUCCUCCCUGAUGCAGCUGCUAGCAUAGAGGAAGCUUAUGUUCCAGUGCGGACAAGUCAAAACUGUAGUAAUAUCCAUUAUUCUCCCUCAUUACUCUCAACACGGGCCCGAUCAGCACGAUUUCACACAGAUUAAACGCGCACCUCCUCGAGUGCGGUUGCGCUAAAUGGAGGAGAAGAAGGAAGACGGGGACUCGGAGAUACAGGAACACGGACCCGAGCACUGGUUCUCAAAAUGGGAGCGGCAGUGCUUGGCCGAGGCGGAGCAGAGGGAGCCCAGCGAGGAGGAGGCCGACAACGACCAGGAGAAACUGUGGCACCUCUUCCAGAACUCCGCUACCGCCGUAGCACAGUUAUACAAAGACAGAGUAUGCCACCAGCAGGGCCUGUCACUGUGGGUGCCAUUUCAGAACGCCGCUACAGCAGUCACCAACCUCUACAAAGAGAGUGUGGAGGCCCAUCAGAGAAGCUUUGAUUGGGGCAUCCAAAUAGGCCAUCAACGCCGUAAUAAGGACAUGUUGGCCUGGGUGAAAAAGCGCCGGAGAACCAUUCGCAGGGAGGAUCUCAUCAGCUUUCUGUGCGGCAAAGCACCACCACACAGGAGCAGCAGGGCUAACUCCCGGCUGGCCAUGGUGGCCCCUAGUCGAGCCAAUUCACCAUCGGAGACGGGCUCGUCUGUGGAGGCAGACCUCCAGCCCUUCAGGGAGGCCAUAGCACUGCAUGGUCUAAGUGGAGCCAUGGCGAGCAUCAGUGUGCGCUCCGGUGCUCCAGGUUCUCCCACACAUGUGAGCGGGAGCAGCAGUAAUGGGGGCGGUGCUGCCGGAGGUGGUUCUUCUGGCGCUGGGCCGGUGUGCCGCAGCAGGCGCAAUGGACUCCAAGACGUGGACCUGAACACUUUCAUCUCAGAGGAGAUGGCUCUGCAUCUGGACUCUACAGGCUCUGCCUCCGCUGGAGGCGUAGGAACCAGGAAACGAAAUUCCACCCAGUGUAGUGAUGUCAUCACAGACUCUCCUACUCACAAACGUAACAGGAUGAUCUGAUCUUUUGCCUGCAGAUGUGUAUGAGAGGGUGGGGGGGGAGCUUUCACAGCCAUGGCAGGGAAAGGUGGGGUGAAUGGGCUGAUAUGUGACAGAUGGACGGACUGAUGCUUCGGAUGCCUGGCUGUGGAAAAGAACCCAAGUUGAAAAUAGGACUGUAGGUUCUCAGUUCAUUCUAAUCAGAUGUUGGAUGCAUUAUUUUCCUUGUCUCCUUUUCCGACACUAUUACUACAAAUCACUGCUCUGCAAUCGGGACACUGUGCGUGAGAGAGACUGGGAGGACUGGUCACCGUCACACACUCCUCAGACAUCGCUACCCUGGAAAGGAGACAAUGAAGGAACCAACACGUUCUGGGAUGCAGACAGUUGUCAAAGAGUUGAAAAUGCACUGUGCUGCUUUACAAGUAGAAGCCACUUGAUCCUUGACACAUUUGUGCCCUUCCCUCCCUUAACCUCACUCAUCCUCACCCACCACCUUAAUAAGGAAGUGAGGGCCAUGAUCAAAUCAUCUCACUCAGUGAAUCAAGUUGCUCGCCAAAUGUUGGACCCUGCUCUAUCAGAGACACAGCUCUGUGUCAAACAACCCAGCGGUUUCUUUCUGUUACUUCAUCAUCGCAGCUCUUAGUUGACGUCUGGUGGAGCUCAUUCGCUAAUUCGAGAACAUCUGUGGCAUCAUCCGGCCUCAUGUGCUCGGAACCAGCCACAUUUCUCUGGUUAUCAGGCCGCGUGGAACUACCAAUAGCAGGCUAUUGAUGUUUGGACAUAAAGAUUAAACUACUCUGCUUCAACGGUGACUUGAUUCAGUUAAGCCAGUCACCAUUUUUGUUUUUAAACCACCAGUGUUAAAAAUCCUUUGCCACUGUUCUCUCCACCUUGUUUUCUCUCCUGUUUUACGUUGUUUUUUUGUUAAGGAUAACAAAGGAAAAAACCUUCUUUGUGGUAUAGCUUCACAGACGGCCUGUUUGUUGACUGUGACGCCCUCUUCCCCCCUCGACCCUGUACUUAUUAUAAAAGCAGCUCAUGUUUUAUGUGAUAGUGUUAUUAUUCUGAUGAGUUGUAAUAAGGAUUUUCUGCACUUAGCUUUCACUUCCAACUCAUGCAAAUAAAUCGGCUCUUCCUUUGUAUCCAAGUUGUAGCCUUGUCCAGCCCUGAACAGGUCCACACAUUGAUUAUCUGUCGGUGCUCAGAAGAAGUCAUAACGGGAUAUGAUUAGAAACGGAGCUGUCGCGCACUCUCCUCGUUCACUCUUUAAGAAAAGUGAUCGGGAUGUGGGGCGUCUGCAUGUGGGCUCAACCUGUGCUCAGAGACUCUGGGGGGGGGGGUUCUUUCCCUGAUUAAUGAUGGAAAGUACUGGACGAUAAUCGGUGCUGUAACGGAAGCAUAAAUCACAGAAAUGUUCUUAUGAAGGUAGCCUUUCUCAACAGGGCGACCAAACACUGGAGUCGCUGGCUGAUCAGGCUGCAGUGUUUGGUCGGCUGUUGGGGAAAUGGUCGGCUUUUUGUACAAGGGGUGCGUGCAUUAAUAAGAUGUGAAUGGGUUUGUUGUUUAUUGUUUUUGUUUAUUAUUUUUUUUUUUUAAACUUGGUACAGGAUGAUGCAACUCUGGGCUCGUUUAGUUCUUGAAAUGGUUGUUGCCUUCUGUAAAGGAGCGGAGCCGGAGACACUGAGAUCACACGAGUCAGACACGUGGGUAUAUAUAGUUAUUUGUAAAGUAAUAUAAACUGGUACUGUGUAUAUGUGUGUGUAUAUAUAUAUAUAUAUAUAAAUAUUUUAGGGUAUUAACAAAAUAUAAUUGGAGUUAAAUCUAAAAAAAACUUGUUUGUGAAGGUGGAAAAUGCUUUCAUGUUGCAUAGGAAGCUAACAGAGUGUAAACAAUGACAGUGUUGUCUAGUUAUUAAAAUCAAUGAUGGAUAUUUCUAGCGAUGCUCAGCUGUAGUAGUGAUACAGUGACUUUCUGCCUGUAAAUACCCACUGGAGCCGACUCAUGUGAUAUCAAUGAUCUCUUCCCUCUUCUCCUGACUGUCGUUGACUUGCUCACUCCCCCUUCACUUUUAUAACCUGGAAACGUAGGUUUUGUUAAGUUGUAUAAAAAAGCAUGCCAGUUUUUAACCUCUGUUACAUUUUGGUCACGGAUUUCAUUUUUAUUUCCCUCUUCUUGCAUUCACUUUGGCUGUUUAUACUCGAACAUGAUCGCUGGCUAGUCGGAAAAGGAAUCGGGCUGAGAGUUGUUGAUAAUGUCAAAUGAAGAGUUCUGCAUAUUUUUUAUUUUUUCUGUUCUUGCAUAGGAGUGUAAAAAAAAAAAAAGACUGAAAAUAUUAACCUAAUAUUUGAAAAGUGAGAUUUGAUUUGUCUACACACAGAAAGCCUCUGAUUACUCGGAAGAGCAACAAUAAACCAGGGUCUAAAUUUAAAUCAGGUUUUAGGCAGCGUCCGCUAUCACAGGUCGAGGGACUAAUGCAACAUAGGAAGGAUCUUGAAUAGGAAUUAAACCCUAAACGUCACAUUUAGAGUCGGGUGAGUUUGGGAUUCAGACCUGCGGAGGCAUCAUGGCAGCGAGGGUCGGAGACAGUUAGAAUCCUGAGGACUGACCUGACCGCCUGUCCACCCCGGCUCUUCAUUAUAUCAGAGGAAUGCUUUAAGAAUAUGUUUUUAUUUCCCUUCGACCCUUAACUCGCUCUCUGAUUCUCCUCGGUAGCAUCUCAGGCUGAAACAUAACGAGUACCUGUGACCUCCCAGUGUCUGAUGGAUGACAAGGAGGAGAGUGCCGAUAGAAAAACAGAAAUUCACGAGAGUUGGCUGUGAGCAGGGUGGUGCAGUCCCCCCCUCCCCUUCCCAGCCCACUGAUUAUUCUGGUUAUGAGAGAAGGGGUGGGCACUUUGUGUUUUUUCUUUUCUUCCCCUGAGCCAAUCACAGGCCUUCAUUCACAUUGUUUCAAGAAGUCUGACUCAUGCCACGUGUCUCUGGAGCCAACACUAUUAUUAGCUGUUUCUUGAUACUUAUUUGUUUAAAAAGUAAUAAAUGGCUAAUCUAUAUACUUAACAUUUAAUUGUUGGUAUGAUAUGUGGUUCACAUUGUAAAACAAAUAAAACCAUUGAGUUGCAA